AUGGCAUUAAAAGUUACUGUACGAGAUAAAAUUGUUAAUGAUGUAAUUCGACCAUUAAGAAAAACAGGAAAACAAGAAGGAUGGAAUGUUUUGGUAGUAGAUCGUCUUUCUAUGAAAAUGUUAUCAGCUUGUUGUAAGAUGCAUGAUAUUAUGGAUGAAGGAAUAACAAUAGUAGAAGAUAUAAAUAAACGCCGUGAACCAUUAACUAAUCUUGAUGCUAUUUACCUUAUAACACCUACAAAAGAUAGUAUUGAUAAAUUGGUACAAGAUUUUACAAUAAGAAUGCAAUAUAGACGAGCACAUGUCUUUUUUACUGAAGCAUGUAAUGAUACAUUAUUUUCUCAGUUAAGUAAAAGUUCUGCUGCUAGAUAUAUAAAAACAUUAAAAGAAAUUAAUAUAGCUUUUACUCCAUAUGAAAGUCAAGUAUAUACUCUUGAUUCACCUGAUACUUUCUUUUUAUAUUAUACACCUGAAAAACAAAUACAAUUAAGUAUCAAUCUUGAAAGAAUUGCUGAACAAAUUGCUACUGUUUGUGCUACAUUAGGAGAGUAUCCUGCAGUUAGAUAUAGAUCUGAUUUUGAAAGAAAUGUUGAAUUAGCUCAAAUGGUUGCUGCUAAAUUAGAUGCUUACAAAGCUGACAAUCCAUCAAUGGGUGAUGGUGCUGAAAAAGGAAGAUCUCAAUUACUUAUUAUUGAUAGAGGUUUUGAUGGUAUUUCUCCUAUUUUACAUGAAUUAACACUUCAAGCUAUGUGUUAUGAUCUUCUUGGUAUUGAAAAUGAUGUUUAUAGAUAUGAGACUGGUGGUGGAGAAAGUGUUGAUAAAGAAGUAUUAUUAGAUGAGAAUGAUGAUCUUUGGGUUGAUAAUAGACAUAAACAUAUUGCUGUCGUUUCUCAAGAAGUUACAAAAGGAUUAAAAAAGUUUAGUGAACAUAAGAAAAUGCCUAGUGAUGCUAAAAGUAUUAAAGAUUUAAGUUUAAUGAUAAAGAAAAUGCCACAAUAUCAAAAGGAAUUAAAUAAGUUUAGUACACACUUUCAUUUAGCUGAAGAAUGUAUGAAAAGAUAUCAAAGUGGUGUUGAUAAAUUAUGUAAAGUUGAACAAGAUUUAGCUAUGGGAAUGGAUAUUGAUGGUGAAAGAAUUAAAGAUCCAAUGAAAUUAAUGGUACCUCUUCUUAUUGACCCUAGUGUUAGAUUAGAAGAUAGAUUAAGAUUAAUACUUCUUUAUAUUACAACAAGAAAUGGUAUUACAGAUGAAACUUUAAAUAAACUUCUUCAACAUGCUAAUAUAAAUUUAAGCGAAAAAGAAACAAUAACAAAUGCCUCACAACUUGGUUUUAAUAUAACAAUAGAUCAAGGAAAGAAAAAAGUUUGGCAACCAAGUAGAAAAGAACGUCGUGAUGAAACAUUUUAUCAAAGUUCUCGUUGGGUUCCAGUGAUAAAAGAUAUUCUUGAGGACGCUGUUGACGAUAAGCUUGAUGCAAAACAUUUCCCAUUUUUAAAUGGACGUCAGGCAAAUCAGCCAUAUCGUGCUGCAACUAGUGUUCGUUAUGGACAAUGGCAUAAUCAACGUGCUCAAAAUCAACAAUACAGAACUGGACCUAGACUUAUUGUUUACAUAAUUGGUGGAGUUACCUAUUCUGAGAUUAGAGCUGCAUACGAAGUUACACAAACUAAAAAACCAUGGGAAAUUAUUAUUGGUUCUGAUCAAAUAUUAACACCAGAAAAGUUUCUUAAUAAUCUUCGUGAUUUAAAUAAAACCCGUGAACAAUAG